CAUUGAGUGGCUCAGUUGCAAGCGGUGCGGCGGCCGGCGGGCACCGGGGUUGGCCUGCUGCGUCCCCCCAGCUGCUGGAUCUUACACCCUUUUAACUCUAUAAGCACCUCCUUUCAGGCCGCCGGCAGACCAUGCCCUCUCUAUGACGGUUACUUGUUAAGCUAACUCUGCAUGCCAGAAGACUGUCCUUGGUUGAUCCAAGGGCUUUUGGGGACUCCGGCCUCUCCCCAGUUUUUCUGUGUGUGUGUGUUCCUCUAGAACUUUCAAAACUGUUUCUCCAAAGGGUUUUGCAGAAACUUAGACUGUUUUCUAAAGCAGAAGCACCUCAGUCCACAGCAGUAGUGAUGGGCAGCGUGCGAACCAACCGCUACAGCAUCGUGUCUUCGGAAGAGGACGGCAUGAAGCUGGCAACCAUGGCCGUUGCCAACGGCUUUGGGAAUGGAAAGAGUAAGGUACAUACCAGACAGCAAUGCAGGAGCCGCUUUGUCAAAAAAGAUGGCCACUGCAACGUCCAGUUUAUUAACGUGGGUGAGAAGGGACAGCGAUACCUGGCAGACAUCUUCACCACUUGCGUGGACAUCCGCUGGAGGUGGAUGCUAGUUAUCUUCUGCCUGACUUUCAUCCUCUCCUGGCUUUUUUUUGGCUGUGUGUUUUGGUUGAUUGCGCUGUUGCAUGGCGAUCUGGAGAAUCAAGAAAAUAACAAACCUUGUGUCUCUCAAGUGAGCAGCUUCACUGCAGCCUUUCUGUUCUCCAUUGAGACCCAGACCACGAUCGGCUAUGGCUUCAGGUGUGUCACAGACGAGUGCCCCAUCGCAGUUUUCAUGGUGGUUUUCCAAUCUAUAGUAGGCUGCAUCAUUGAUGCCUUCAUCAUUGGUGCUGUCAUGGCAAAGAUGGCUAAGCCAAAAAAGAGAAAUGAAACUCUAGUCUUCAGCCACAAUGCCGUGGUGGCCAUGAGAGAUGGAAAACUGUGCCUGAUGUGGCGUGUUGGAAACCUGAGGAAAAGCCACUUGGUGGAGGCACAUGUGCGAGCACAGCUCCUCAAAUCGAGGAUCACGUCGGAAGGGGAGUACAUCCCCUUGGAUCAAAUAGACAUCAAUGUAGGGUUUGACAGUGGGAUAGACCGCAUAUUCCUGGUCUCCCCGAUUACAAUAGUACAUGAAAUAGAUGAAGACAGUCCUUUGUAUGACUUGAGCAAACAAGACAUGGACAAUGCUGACUUUGAAAUUGUAGUAAUAUUAGAGGGCAUGGUGGAAGCUACUGCCAUGACUACCCAGUGCCGUAGCUCAUAUCUGGCAAACGAAAUCCUCUGGGGCCACCGCUACGAGCCCGUACUCUUUGAAGAGAAGAACUACUACAAAGUGGACUACUCGAGGUUCCACAAAACAUAUGAAGUGCCCAACACACCCAUCUGUAGUGCCAGAGACUUAGCGGAAAAGAAAUACAUUCUCUCUAACGCAAACUCCUUUUGCUACGAGAACGAAGUGGCCCUCACCAGCAAAGAGGAGGAUGAGAUUGACACUGGGGUGCCUGAGAGCAUGAGCACAGACACCCACCCGGACAUGGACCACCACAACCAAGCAGGGGUGCCUCUAGAGCCACGGCCACUACGGCGGGAGUCGGAAAUAUGACUGACAAACUCUUCCUCUCUCUUUUGGUUGAAAGGAAAAAAACCAAACCUAUCGGUCAGAGGCACGUUGACCUGAGAAGUUGGCCCAGAACAGUUUUCAGACAACGGUACUGUUGAAGAGUGGUGUGAAGGCAAGCAGACCUGAGAAACCCAGGCUGGUUUUAGGGCUGUCCUCAGAGGAGGGACAACAGAAAAUGAACUCUAAACACAAAGCACUAAACAUGUCUAAGUAUGAACAGAAGGCACAUAUGUUGUAGAAUAAAUUAUGUAUAUAUUUUUUUACAAAACUUGAACUUGCAGGCAAGCUUUGGUUGGGUUAUUAUUAUUUUUUUUCAACUUUUUCCAGAAUGCUUCUCUCUAGGGAACAAGAAUGUUUUUAAUGGCAUAACAAAGGCAAGAAUCUGCCUUAUUAUUAUUAUUAUAAUUAUUUUUUAAAAAGCUGCUGCUAACUACAUGAACACAAAUGGUUAUUUUUGUUGCAGUGUAGUUUUUAUUUUCUCUUGUGUAAUUUAAAAAAAAAAAAAGUCAGUGUUGAACUUUUUGAGUUGAAAAGCUCAUGAUCACUUCAGAGAGGCCGAUGUUGCCAGAAAGUCUAAACUCCUUUUGAGGCCAGUAGUUUGAUAGCUAGAAUCAAUUUCUCUCUUUCCAGUUACAUAAGGGGCAUUAGGUAAUAUCAGGCCAAUCAGUAGCCUCCAGCAAAAUUAUGAUUUUUGGGGCGAGAAUUUAAUUCUCUGUCUAAAGGAAAAGUAAAAUAAAAAAUAUAUGUACAAAGAAAAAGUACUAAGUUAAAACUACCUAAAUGGAUACCAAAGAAAAUGCAGAGUUUUGCACAGCGGAGUUUAUUUUAAAAAUAAAAAAGAAAAAAAAAAAAGAAAAUAAAAAAGGAACAGGCUGCUUUAAACAAAAAAAAUUUCAAACCUCAGACACUUUUUUUUGGUUUUGAUUUUUUUUUUUUUUCCUUUUCUUUAAGACCUUUAUUUUGCACCUUAUUCUAAAAGCUGACUCCUCCCCUUCCCUUCUGUGGGGAAAUAAAUUCCCGUCCUUUCUUGUAAGGAGAAACGCAGUUGGGGGAAAGCAAACAAGUGAACAUCUGUCCUCCCCGGCCGCGGGCCGGGCCGGGCUGCAGCAGAAGGUCAAGUGUUAGCGCACACAUUCCCAAACCCGCGCUAGACCUCAGCGCUGACCCAGCCUCCUGAAAACUGAGCCAUCCCCGACGUGCUGCAGGCGUCUGACCCGAGCCCCUUGGCUGCUGUUGUGUUACCCGUUAACCUAUGCCAGAGACACGCGAAGCUGCUGAUCGAUGCUAGAGGCUAAUGCUGCUGGAGCAGGCGCUUAGGCACAGAUGGGCCGAGCGAUAGAUAAAUCCCCGGGAAGAGGUUUUGAAGAGGAAGGGAGAGGGUAAGGGAGAGGAAAAGAGAAAACUUUUACAACACAGCACUUGGGAGCGGCACAGGGAUUGUAGCAUUUUGUAAAAAAUGCUUCUUUUUCAGCAGGGCAAGGGUAUCAGAAAAAGCGUAUUUUCCAGCUCAUUUGGAGAGGCGUUAUUUGGGGAGGAUGAGGCUGCAAAGCGAGGUCCAUCCCCUGCUGCUUCUCCCUGGCAAACACCGACUGAGUGGUCAGUGGAUGAGACGUCACCGAGCUCUGAGCAGAUUUUGUGACCUUCUGUGAAGCUCUGGCUCUAGCGGUAUUUUGGCUCCUUCACCCAGAAGGCUUUAAAUUCUCUGUGCCUCUAAGAUCAAGGAGACGGCAAACCCGCACUUCACGCCCGCUCCCCGAGGAGCAGGUGGCGAGGGGUGGUGGUGGGGACGACAAUCCUAGUCAACUCUUGCAGUAUUGGAUCACUGUAUGCCAUUAAAAAACAGCUUGUUCUAGGUCUAAUGUCUUCUGCAAACAGAUAUCUGUGAAGGCCUCUGGCCCCUUCCAGCCCUGCCUGAAAGAAAUGCCUGCAAUGAAAUGUUUUCUGAUAAGAUGGUAUCUACAGUGGGCGGGUUCAAAACUGUGGAAAUUCGACAUUGUAAACAUAGACUUGGCUACUAGAGAGGGCAGAUGAUUUAAGUGCAAGUACUAAGGCUGUUACUGGGAUGGGGGGACGUAAAAGAAAGGAAAGGCUGAACAUAUAAAGGCAAUUUGAUCGCAGUUUCUGGGUCAACAGUAGUGAAGACAACUGAGUGCUGCUAGUGCUGCUAUUGUGAUAUUCUUGUACAAGGAAAAUAACGAAACCAAAGAGUAUUCAGUGGAACAGAGGGUGCAUGAAACGCAAUGGGGAAGAGAUGGAAAAGGGAGGCUGAGCCGGAGAAAGGGGACCUCUUCUCCAGGUCAGCAUCCCCCAGGUGCAGAGUGCGCCCGCUAAAUGAUACUUGAGAUGUUUGAGGGAGGGAUGAGAGACGGGGGACGGGGAAAUGCAGGAUUCAGCCAGUUUCUUAAAAGCAAAAGGAAUUCGGAGAAGAAAAAAAUAUCCCCUCCCCCUUAACAUUUCUGGUGCAGAGGUUUGGGGUUUGGGGUUUUUUUUUUGUUUUGUUUUGUUUUGUUUUUCAAGUCAGUUUUUCAGAAAUAUUUUUAAAAUGUACAUUUUAUAAAGUUUAUCAAGUAUUUUCAUAUUUAAAGCCAAAUGUAAAUAGAAGUCUGUAAAGGAGGACAAGGAGAAGAAAAAAGAAAAGGCCACAAAAAGUAUAAAUUCUGCUCAGCAGUCUCGGCUAGCUAGUACCUAGAUGCUACCGGUUAGCAUGAUUUUUAGCAAAUACUUGCAAGCCUUAUAGGAUUCCUAAUGCUAUGAACUUCUCUUUAUUUAUUUUUAAGCAUGGACUUUUAAUUUGAAAACGUGUUCUAGUUACUGGCAUUUUUAAAAGUUACCAGCUUUCCGAGUGCUAGUCUUGUUGAGGAUGUGCAUUGAGGUAAUCCAUUACACUCUCUGCUGCAUUCCUUUCCUUUUUUUUUAAUAACCCUUUGUCUUUGCCAGUUGAAUCUUACAUUGCAGAAUUGCACUCAGCCUCUGGCUCCGGGAAGCUGCUAGAAAGAGACCUGCAAUGUACUCUCCAUGGUACCCUUCCCCCUUGCCCAUCGUUUCUUUAUUUCUCAACGCGCCGUGGUAAGCCCAGUAUAGGACAGACUAUUGUAGCACAGUUCUACAGCAGCAAAGUGGGUUAGUCAUUUUUAAAAACGUGGUUAUUUUUAAGGACUACACAGAGACAGACAGCGGUUCUUCAGUUCCCGACGAUCCUGGGCCAAGCUGAUGCUCCAUUAGGGGCCCUUCAAACUGACUGAGCUCUACCCGCAGGCUCCAACAGGCGUUGGUUCGGCUUCUUUAUCAUGGAUAAAGUUGGCUGAACUGGCUCGCACAGAAGGUUUAUACUGUAUUUCGCUUAGGGUCUGGGGGGGAAUAUGUUAUUUCUGCCCUUCCCUGAAAAUACUUGAAUGAGACACAUUGUCUAAAACAUAGUACUGCGUACAGUGACAAAAAGCAUUUCCGAGGCAGGUGGGGAUGGAUCUCUUCUUUCCUCUGUCGCUUCCGUGCGAGUUGUCCUUGGUUAAGUAGCAAGGGUAGAAAUCAUUACUUAUUAGCUGCGUUUAAUGAUACUUUCUCCCAGCCAUGACAAACUUCUGUGUUGUUAGUUUAGCACUUGCUCUUCUUGGAAAAGACAAAGGGUCCAGAUGUUUUAUUUGUUCUCUUAGGUCUUCUUUGUCAUAAUGGAUUACAAGGUAAAACUGAGAAGUACUGUAAUGUCUUUAAAUUAUGGCUGCUCACGACCAUUGUACAGUAGAAGGGUGCUGCAUAGUUGCCAUCCCACAGCCAAGGAGAAACUGAUUUUGUAAUGACUUUUGGCCUGCAGCUAUUGUAAGGUGAACAAUCAAGGCAUCUGACAGUUGUCCAUUACUAUUUUCCUGUUUGCAGCCUUUUUGUAUCAAAGUCUUCCUAAUGUACUGCACAAAUUGUGGAUUGUACAGAUUUUUAUAUAUUAUGUCUUAUUUUAUUAUUUCUAAAUAAAAAAAAUGGAGAAUGAA